AUGCUCUACGCUGACGACGCGGCCAUCGUCUCGCGCUCGCCGGAGAGUCUCGAGAAGAUGAUGUCGGUCAUCGUGCGCGUGGCCGGCCUGUUCGGACUGAUGGUGUCGGAGCCAAAGACGGAGAUCAUGUGCAUGCUGCCAAAAGGGAUCGAGGAACGCCAGUUCACGGUCAGCGCCGCCGGCCAGACGUACAAGCAGACAGAUCGGUUUGUGUACCUCGGACGUACCAUCUCCGCGGACGGGAAGGCCGACCGGGAGAUCACGAGCCGCAGCUGCCGAGCGUGGAAGUGCUACCGCCGGAACAGUGCUUCGAUGUACGACAGGCGACGGGCCGACCGCCAGCUCAAGAUCCGGCUUCUCCAGGCUGAAGUGGUGGAGACUCUCCUGUAUGGGUGCGCCUCGUGGAGCCUAACAGCGGAGCACUACACGAAGCUCAAUGGGACCCACCGCCAGUUCCUUGCACGUUGCAUCGGCUGGAGCAAGCGGAAAUGCUCAGACCGCCCCCUGUCCUAUG